GUGGUGGAGGAGAACCCUGCCCUCACCUUCACGCUGGGGGACUGCGACGUCUUGCAGGCUCUGGACCUGUGUGUGCAGCUCCUGGAAAUGGGGGAGACGGCUUUGAUCGUGUCGGAUGCAAAGUACUGCUACGGCGCUCAGGGCAGGAGCCCUGACAUCCCACCCAACGCAGCCCUCACCCUGGAGGUGGAGCUGCUGGCGGCCCGGGACGCGCCGGACCUGGAGCUGCUCAGCGGGAAGGAGAAGAUCGAGCUGGCCAACCGCAAGCGGGAGCGUGGCAACUUCUUCUACCAGCAGGCAGAUUACGUGCUGGCCAUCAACUCCUACGACAUCGCCCUCAAGAUCAUCAGCUCCAGCUCAAAAGUCGACUUCAGCCCGGAGGAGGAGGCUGAGCUGCUGGAUGUGAAGGUGAAAUGUCUCAACAACCUGGCGGCCUCUCAGCUUAAACUGGACCAUUACGAGGCAGCCCUCAAGUCCUGUAACCUCGUCCUGGAGCAUCAGCCAGGGAACAUCAAGGCUCUCUUCCGAAAGGGCAAGGUCCUGGCUCAGCAGGGCGAGUACAGAGAGGCCAUCCCCAUCUUGAAGGCGGCGUUGAAGCUGGAGCCUUCCAACAAGACCAUCCACGCCGAGCUCUCCAAGCUGGUGAAGAAGCACGCGGACCAGAAGAACGUGGAGACGGAGAUGUACAGGAAGAUGCUGGGGAAUCCCAGCGCUGCCAGCACCCCGGCGAAGUGCAAAGACAAGCUGUCCUGGGUGUUGGGGGCGGUGGACGUGGCUGUAUUUACGUUCAGCGAGCAGGAGGGUUGCUUCGUGUUCGGGAGGUCUGAGAGCUGCUCUGUGAUGCUCGGAGAAGUUGAUAAUGGCAUGGACCUAGAUUACGUUAGCCUUACUGCGACCAGAAGGUCGGGUCCCAGCAGUCGUUCUCGUUCGCGCUUGGACCUCUUCCGCAGCGCGGUCACCGUUAGGUGUGCUGACUGCAGAGGUGAAGAUCUGGCACCUGGCAGCAGCAGGAACCGGUGA